GGAAAUCUUUCCAGGGUAGAGAAGUUAAAAUUAACCCAAUUAACCUCUUCACUUCUUCUCUGUAAACAUGGGAUCUCUAUCUUUCUCACCUUCAAAGAUGGGAGUACUUGCUUUGUCCCCAACAAAGGUGGGAGCUCCAGCUUCCACCGUGUCUGUCCAUUUUAAUCCUCCUUCUGUUCCUGUUCGCAUGAAAAUUUAUUGCCAGAAAACUGAAGCUACUGCUGAGAGCUUACCUAAAAGACUGCCUCCAGGGCCUGUCAAACUGCCUAUUAUUGGAAACCUGCUCAACUUGGCAGGUGCACAGCCACAUCAUGCUCUUGCAGAACUAGCCAGGGAAUAUGGACCCCUCAUGCACCUGCAACUGGGUGAAAUUUCUGCAGUUGUUGUAUCAAACCCAAGAAUGGCUCAAGAGGUGAUGAAGACACAUGAUCUUAUCUUUGCACAGAGGCCAGAACUUCUUGCAUCUAAAAUCGUAACAUAUGGUGGUCAAGACAUUGCUUUCUCUCCACUAGGUGAAUACUGGAAGCAGAUGAAAAGAAUUAGCUUGACAGAACUCUUAGGGCCUAAGAGGGUUGCAUCAUUCUCUUCUAUUCGCGAAGUUGAGGUCUCAAAACUCAUUGACUACGUUCAGAUGUCUGCAGGGAAAGUAAUCAAUUUCAGCGAAAAAAUUUUCCAGCUGACUAAUGACAUAACCUGCAAAGCAGCAUUUGGAGACGAAUGCAAAGAUCAGGAAGCAGUCAUAGCCCUGACCAAGGAAGCAACAACAUUGGCAGGAGGUUUUGGUAUAGCUGAUGUAUACCCUUCUAUAGAGUUCCUUCACGUAAUCAGUGGGGUCAAAGGCAAAUUAGAGAAACUUCGAGACGAACUGGGCAGGGUCUUCGGUAAUAUCAUAGAUGAACACAAGAAGAAAUUGAUGAACAAAAGUAGCAGUGAACUUGAAUCAGAGAAAGAAGACCUUGUUGAUGUUCUCCUAAAGCUUCAAGGAAGUGGCAGACUUCAGUGUCCUGUCACAUCCAACAGCCUCAAAGCUGUCAUUUUGGAUUUGUUCAUUGCUGGAACAGACACUUCUUCAACAACUGUAGAAUGGGCUAUGUCAGAAAUGAUGAAAAAUCCAAGAAUUCUGAAGAAAGCACAGGAUGAAGUUAGGCAAGCUUUUAAGGGGAAGAAAACAAUCCGUGAAGCUGACGUUCAGCAAUUGAAGUACUUACCAUUAGUACUAAAAGAAACUCUAAGGCUUCAUCCUCCAGCACCCUUGUUACUUCCAAGAGAAAGCACAGAAAGAUGUAUUAUUGAUGGGUAUGAAUUGCCUGUGAAAACCAAGAUCAUUGUCAAUGCCUGGGCAAUAGGGAGAGAUCCAGAGACUUGGCCUGAAGCUGACACUUUUAAACCAGAAAGAUUCAUCAACAGUUCAGUGGAUUUUAAAGGGAUGGAUUUUGAGUUUAUCCCAUUUGGAGCUGGAAGAAGAAUUUGUCCAGGCAUAGCAUUUGGUCUGGCAAAUAUGGAGCUUCCUCUGGCAAGGCUACUUUACCAUUUUGAUUGGAAAUUGCCAAAUGGAAUCACACCAGAAAAUUUAGACAUGACAGAAGCCUUUGGAGCCACAGUUGGAAGAAAGAAUGGUUUGCAGCUGAUUCCCAUUCCUCACAAUACCUCAAAGGAUGAAUCUAGCCAAAACUUGGAGGCCAUAGAAGUUCUCAGUUAAAGGAUCCAGAAAAAUUUUCAAUUCCCUUACAACUUCCUUCACUUGAUUGUAUACAUAAUGUAUGUAUUUGAAACUUGCGAGGCGGCAAAUCUACAUUGUUUAACUAAUUAAUUGUUAUAUUACUUGGAAAUAAAUAUUAUUUUCACUUCA